UAGUGUUUGGAAGCGUUGAUUGCUGGAAAAUGCUCUCGAAAACCAAAUUCGUGUCGCUGGUUUUGUGCGCCUUAUUUAUCAAUGGCGAAAUACAAAGCGUCAGCGGAAGACCUUUCAUACGAAAACAAUACGAAGGUAUUAUCGAAUCAGCGACAGACACAAUGAGAAGUAUUGUGGAGUCAAUUCAUGCAACUCUGAUGGAUAAGGUGUCCACCUUGGUCUCCAAUGUAGCCACACAAGUUGCCAAAGAUCUUUUGCCUGCAAAAUGUGAAGACGGCGUCGACUGCGAUCGGUCCUUCCUUGAAACCGUAAUCAGCAAAACUGCUAUAAAUCUAAUUACUGAUAGAUUAAACCCACUGACAACAAAAACAACUGGGGCAACAACAACUGUUCAACCAGUGACUGAUGCAGCAACUACUGAUGCGCCAACCACCGAUGAACCAACAACUGAUGCACCAUAAAGCAAGCAAUGCGGCUUCAUGCUACGACCAAAUUAAAAUAUCAUAGAAUAGAUUUGCUUGCAUACACUAGUAUAAUGUCAGUAUAUUAAAAAAGAAGUACACGAAAUAAAAUGUUCUAACCACAAGCCUUCAAAUUAAUGUCGGUUAU